GAAAAUGCGAGCAGUAACAGAGACUGAGGAACUGUUACAUUAGGACAAGCACUAACAACAGGCCACUGAAAAGAGAGGAAAAUAGGAAAAUUUAGAAACUUCCUACCAAGCCAAGGGGGUAGGACAGUCAAAUACAUAUGCCUUUCUACCCAAAGAGCUCUACAACAGCACACACCUCACACCUGAGCUCCAGGAGAUGGGUAUUUUUACAGCAGCCAUUCCUCAAUGUUUGGACCCUGGGGUCAAGCCCCUUAUUUUCUUGCAGAUCACCACAAUGGACAAAGGAGCGAACAAACACAGGCAUAUCACUGCGUUUUAUCACUUCAAAGGUUACAUGUGGAUCACAGUCUGGAACUGCUGUUUUACAGGAAGGGAGGGCAGAAGUCCUUACAGGGGGAAGCGAGGAUGGCUAGGGUUUCAUGCUCCUUUGCUCUGCCGCAGAGCAGGCAGCACCUAGCAAACAACCAAACUCCUUUUGGGGGUACCUAGCACACUGCUCUACUGGGAAACUUAAAAAACUUCCUGACUUAGUCCCAUUCAUUUCCUUGAAUGAAGGGGGAAGUAGCCAUCAGAGCAGGACAGGCUUAAGUGUAUAUGGCUGUGAUGGGCUGGAUUAGAUGAUUUUAAAUGUAUUUUCCAAUCGUAAUGAUUCUGUAAAUGCUUUUAGAGACAAAGUCCUGCUCUCUAAACUGCGGCCCUGCAGGUGUGUGCUGAGGACACAUCACAUCCCAGCUGCAACAGCAAUCCUCAAAGGGGGAAAGAAAAAAUAAAAGUUAAUUACUUCCACGACCUUAAAUCAACCCUAUCAGCCCCGACUGUCAGUAAGCAGUUGGCCUCUUAAGUGCAUACCAGAACUGGCCCUGUAGAAAACACGAUGCUCCUGGGAAGCCCCGGGGACACAAUGCAGCUGUAUCCCUCUGAGGACACAAUUUCUGCCACCAGCAGAACAAUGUCCUUGUAACAGAGGGGGCUUUGGGGCCAGAGCUUCCGCUGUCCCGAGCGUCACGGCCUCGCACCGGGUCAGAGCCAACCAUACCCACUGGCAAGCAACGGUCCCAGGAUCUCCAGUUCCUCAAACCGGGCUCAAAUAAUGACAGCUUCUGGAAUCUUAAUUACGUGCUGGAGGAAGGACAAUCUCUCUCUUCAGUGGUGGUAAUGGGAUUUUGUAACGAGGUAGAAAUUGCAUUAGCAGGAAGCGCUUUCUGCCAGGCAGGUUGCAAGGUGAGGGGCUUUCCAGCUAAGAGCUGGCAAUCCGCAGGGCAAACAGCCUUCCUUCCCAGCUGCAAAUUGGUUCCUGUGCCCACCGCUCUCCCAAACAGUUAACUUUGACUGUGAGACCAUCCUAUCUCUCAUCCCGCUCAACAAUGGGUCCAGCUAAACAAAUGCCUCCUAAUUGACUUUGAGCAACACUUGAUUGCUUUCAGAAGAAAAAAAAAACAAAAGAGAGGAAAACAUUGGGGUUUAUGAAAUAAUGACUAAUCCUGGAGCAAGAGAAAGGGGCUGGUUGGAGCACUGGUGUCAAACAGAGAGCCCCAAGACACGGGGCCAAGGCAUUCACCCCUCCCCAGCUGCCCUCAUUUCCACACCUGCUGAUCUAAGCCAAACCCCUGCUAAAAUCCAAACAAUCGGGGCCGCUGGCAAACGAAAAUUGGAGCAUUGUCUUCCCCAAGAGGGCUCUGAAAGGGCCGCACUUAAUGAGGAUGGAUUGCCACGGAGGUGGCUCGCAGGCUAUAAAAGGCAUUCUGCGGGCUGGAGCAGCUCAGUCUGGGUGUGCUGCGAGCCCACUCCGAGCACCAUGAGGGCUGUGAGCACAGAGAAGGUGUCCCGCAGGCGGGGAGCCCCGUGGCUGCCAGGCCUGCUGCUGCGCCUGCUGCUGUGGGGCUGCCCAGGGGGGCGGGCCAGCUACCUGCGCAGGUCCUCCAGCUGCACCGCCAUCCCGCGCAGCAUGGCCCUGUGCUACGACAUCGGAUACUCGGAGAUGAGGAUCCCCAACCUGCUGGAGCACGAGACCAUGCCGGAGGUGAUCCAGCAGUCCUCCAGCUGGCUGCCCUUGCUGGCCAGGGAGUGCCAUCCCGACGCCAGGAUUUUCCUCUGCUCCCUCUUCGCGCCCAUCUGCUUGGACAGGCUCAUCUACCCGUGCCGCAGCCUGUGCGAGGCUGUCAAGAGGAGCUGUGCACCCGUCAUGGCUUGUUAUGGCUAUCCCUGGCCCGAAAUCCUCAACUGCAACAAGUUCCCUGCAGACCACGAGCUGUGCAUCGCUGCCGUCUCCACGGAUGAAAGUUCCUCCAGCAGGAGAAUGCCUCGAGCCAGCUGCAAGGACUGCGAGCUGGAAGAGGCCAGCACUGCCAGGGAGAUCCUGGACAGCCUCUGUGCCAACGAUUUCACAGUGAAAAUCCGAAUCCUCAGGAAGAACACAACCACAACCGUCUCCGACUUCGACCUGGACCCCUCCAAGGUGGAGGUGCUGAAGCACGGCCCGCUGCUCAGAACCGAAAUCCCAGGCAGGCUGCAGCAGUGGCUGGACAUCGAUGCUACCUGCGCCCACAACAUCAUGAGAGGCACUCAUGCGGGGGUCUUCGUCAUCAGCGGAGAAGUGCAGAGCGACAAAGUGGUGGUGAACAAGGCCUACGCUUGGCAGAAGAAGAACAGGAACCUGCACCAGGCCGUGCGGAGAUGGAAACAUCACCGCUGCCCCGAGCAGGCCGGCAGGAAGGUCUGAGAUCUCCAUCCUCAUGCUAAGAAAUGGCUCCCUUCCCCACGGCUAGAAAACUCCUUCCCCGGGCAGUUGGUGUUUUGGAGAUGUGCAUUCAGUAUUUUUAGGCAAAUCAAAGCAGUCAUAGUCAGCAGGUAGGGCCUCACUACAGAUCCCUGAUCACUAAAACCCUUUUCCUGAGACAGAGCUUAGGGAUGCAGACUUAACAUAUUCCUAUGGCAAGGUCCUGCAAAUCCAGGACUUAGAGUGGAUGGCUUUGUGCAGCAUCAGUGACUUGACAUCCGCAGGCGAGCAGACUAGAAGAGACCUUCAAUAACAUGGGCAUCUGCACAGGUGAAAGGAAACAACCCCUCUUGAGCACACAGCAGACAGCUGAGGAUUUCUGCAUAACUGGGAAUGCAGUUUUGACUUAAGGUAUUCAGUUUGGGUCAGAAUGUUCUGGUAACUGUGGAGCUACUGAAGAUACCCCCAGAGCCUUGAGAGAGGUGGCAACAACACUGGGAAUCACACUCACCGGUGAAUAUAGUCACAGCUCUACAUGAGCAGAAAGCAGAAAACUGCAAAUCCCCAAGUGAGAAAAUGAGUUGGAUUUCUACUGUCUAACAAAGCACUGUCCAUGGAAAGUUUUCUACACUGGAUUAAACUUGAGAAUGAAAUAAAAAUGACAGAAAAAAAGAAAACCACACAGCUUUGGGGAUAAAUAUGUUCUUCCCUGUGCUCAAAGCCUGCAGCCUCAGUUGUGGAGAGAACCGCCAGCUUUGAUGGAGACACAUUGCCUCCCUGUGCUCGUAAAGCACACCAACAACCCAGCCAAGACUGUCUCUUCAGAUUUAAUAUGGGCUGAGAUUAGCACUCACAGCACUCACACUGCAAUUCAGCUGCGCUCUGACAUUUGUGUAGCAAUUACUUCUAUUUCCCUGAGGCUCAGAAGAAAAACACAGAGAGAUUUCCUAUUUUUAUUCCUCCCUGCUGUCUCAUCUCGCAAACUGCUGCCCGACCCGCAGGCCUGCUGCCAGGUGGUCCCUGUGAUGGCAGCAUCCUCUGAACAGACUGCGUUUUGAAAACACAACAAGUAAAAGCUCUGAAGGUUGAAAAAGGUUUUGUCUGAUAUUUGUUUUCCAUUAACGGGAUUAUUUGAUUACUGGUGUUUCCCAACUAAGAAGCGCACAGAUGGUCUGACUUACAAGCUUAGAAAUGAUGUCUCAUAACCAGAGGGGGGGGGGAGGAAGGGGGAAAUAGGGCAGGGACUUUUUCAGAGCUCCAUGAAAUACUCGAGUUCAAUGCAGUGACUUACCCACAUUUAAAACAACAAACUGUGCACUCCCUGUGGUGCCCAGCCCCAAAGCGCAGAGCUCCCAUUAAGCCAUCAGCCAGCUGCCCACAGCCCCACACCACCCUGCUCUGCUGAAAGCAAAGAUCACAGCGCAGCCACUUCUCCCUACAUGGGCUCUCGUUCAGCAAAAUCCCCUUCAGGACUUCAAGAGCUCUGCCAGCAACUUCUGGCUUUGUCUAACACCACCCCAUUAAAUACACACCUCUGUCAAUUUAAACAACAGAGACGCAAUAAUUAGAUUUUAAAACAGUUAAUUUAGGUCGGUGCUGUUUGCGUAGAUAGAGAGGUCUCUGGAAUUCUUUUUAAGUCACAGCUGGCUCCUGGCAGGUCCAUCUGGGAGAUAAGAGCUGUCUUGCGAGUCAAGGUUUCUAAAUUAGGGCUUCCCUAUCAGAGGAUAAAGGAGAGCAGUCUGGGUGGGAUCUGAAAUGCUGCCUGCCUAGGGCUGUCCCCAGAGCCAGCAUUAGAAGGCACAGCCUGCCCCAGAAGCUGACAGAGGUGCCCAAGUCAUAUCAGGGGCUGUGGGAUCACUGCUGCCUGUGGGUGCCCUCCUGCCAGCAUCAGUCCAGCAGAGCAGCACCGGUGGGGCACAGAAGGUUGCAACAGGAUCAGGAAAGCCACUGCCCAGCCUGUGUCAUGGGGCUGCUCACUGCACCAGCAGUAUGAGCUGCAGGCCUGAGUUCAAUGAAUGCCUGAUGGAGAACCUGCUAGAAACGAGCCACGAACUGCAUAUGUAGAAACAACAAAACAAGUCUGUAUAUUUCUUGCAGGUACUUACUACGUUAAAGGAAUUUAAUAAGAAAAUGCUCUGACCUUUGUCCAGGUUUUCAGCCUGUAUAAUCGAUUUUGAAUCAGAGAACAGCUCAGGUAUUGGCAAAGCAUCUCGAGGCCCCCAGCAUCACCAGCUCAGAGCCAACAGGUCUGCUCCGCCUUUGCAGUAAUACGAGCUCCAUCACCAAAUUAAUCAGUGCAUUCCCAGCGGAUUUCCACAGCACGGGGACCGGGGCGGGGGCGGCAGGGGCGGCAGGGGCUGCACUCACCCCAGGGAGCAUCGCAGCGACGCGGGGAAGG